AUGAGAAUAGAUCCGACAGUAAAAAGUGAACACAAAGCAGGUUCGAACCCCACAGCCAUCCGGAAAACCAUCGUGGAGCUACUGAGGACUAAGUACGCGAAUCACACCGUUCGAUACUCGGAUGGAUCACUCGCGCUAGGGAGAGUAGGGAUAGGUAUAUCGGGCCCCGACCUCAACACCUGUUACCGCCUCCCAGACGCGUGUAAUAUUUUCUCAGCAGAGGCAGCUGCCGCAUAUAUCGCCGCGACACACCAAUCAAACCAUCCCAUUACCAUGUUAAUUAACUCAGCCGGCGUUGUCGCCGCACUGAAAUCGGAGAGGCGGAUGCAUCCUUGGAUACAACAAAUAUUCGAGGAUGCCCGACCGGAUACUGCUUUCGUUUGGAUCUCGGGCCACUCUGGUAUACCCGGGAACGAAAAGGCAGACCAACUCGCUGGCCCUGGUCGACUGAUGGAGUUCUACACCAAACGGGUACCAACAGAUGACAUCAAAACAUGGACUACCAAUAUGCUCAAGGACAGGUGGGCUAAAGAAUGGUACACAACCGGACAAGACAACUCACGUGAGUAUUUUCUGCGUAAAAUAAAGACCGAUAUCAAAAAAAUGGGAAGACCCUAUAGGUCACCGAGAUCAACAGGUGGUCUCUAG